AUGUUGAGCAACUCCCCAGCUAACGAACUAGGCCUGGUGCUCUACGUGAACCUGCUUCUGGUGGCAUUGCUGCGGCCUUGGCGAUUCGCUGUCUGCAACUCCUCCGACAUGGCCAUUCUGCUGGGUAUUCUGGUGAUCCUGGACAUGGGUGCUGUCACGGUCCAAGACAGAGACAGGACCGCCACGGCCCAGAUCGUGAUUGUCUUCAUCUCACUGAUGUUCCUUGCUUCGCUCGGGACUCUCUGCUUGGGAAUGUCCCGCUGCCUUGAGCAAAAGUUCCGCAAGCGCUUCAAGUUCUUCCUCUGUCACCACAAGCGCGAUGCGGGUGCUAUGGCCCGGCUACUGAAAAUGGAGCUGGAAAGGAGGCUGCCUGGCACCCGGGCCUUCAUCGAUUGCGAUGAUCUCAGUGACCUAACCCAGUUGUUCAGUUACGUGGCCCAGGAUACCGAGUCAUUUGUGAUUCUCGGUACGAAGGAGGUCUUCCUUCGAAAGUGGUGCAUCGGUGAGAUGGUUACCGCUCGAGCCAGUGGUGUCCGAAGCCUGCUCUUGGAAUGGCCUGACUGGAGGCCGCCUGAGGAGCCUUUCAUAGAGAGUGUCGACAGCGCGGUGCCAGAUAUUCACGAGCUGGUAAGGUUUGGGAUUGGCCUGGCCGAUGUCCAGGACACCUUCAGGCAGUUGACUUCGGUGAAGAAAGUUCGCCUUCCUGGUCAGCUCAACCCUGCACACAUUGCUGAGAUGAUCGAUUCUGUCGUCGGCAUCGGCCCCGCAAAAGGACCUCGAUCCAGCAGCAGAGGUGGGUCCUCCGAGUUUCCCCUGUUGGUGGACCCCGAUAACCUGGAAGCCGUGGCUUCGGCUCUGGUGCUCUCCACGCUGCUGAAGCCACUGCUCUUGGGCACCCAGAUGCCACAGAUGCCCUCGGUGCUCUUGAAAGGCUCCAGAGUCCAUGUAUCCACCAAGAUGUCUCUGAUGCUGUGCAGCGAGAAUUGUUUCAGAUCCGAGCACGUCCAAGAAUGGCUACUUCAAGCCUACCAGGCACCAUCAUGUUGCAUGAUACCAGUGCUUGCUGAGGAUAGUUUUCGAGUGCCUGCCGCCAGUUCCGUGUCGGCCGAGUUUCCCGAGUCGGCCUUAGAUAUAGACGACCUACAUUUGUAUGGCGUACUCAUCCGUGUCUUGUUUCAAGACAUUGCCGUCAUCUUCCUCCCGCAGAGCUUCAGCCGCGAGGAUCUUGACCUCCGAGCUCAACAAGCCGCGCGGAGGCUUAGUGCCCCACAGGAGACUUUAAAAAGCAAAGUCAUCCGCUUCAUGGACAGCGCUGAUGCACCCACCGUCAAACGGUGGACAGAUGUGCUUCUAAGGGCUGAAGACAAUGAUACAUCACAAGUGUAA